AUGGGCCCGGAUAGCGAGAAGACCAGCAAGUAUUUGGAAGUCAGAUCUCGACUGAUAGACAAAUUGGUUGAAUUCAAUCAAGAAGCUUUGAAGGAGGAGAUAGACAAACCCAGAAUUGCCAUUUUAAAGAAGAAAGUCAACGAGCUCUUGAAAGGUGGUGUUGUGAUAGAAAAGUAUGGGCUGGACUCUUAUCAAACUCAAAAAGUGCUUGAAAUCGUACUGAACGUCUUCAAUGGACGUGUUUUUGACAAGAACACGAAAUUGAAGCUUAUAAACCAAUGGUUGUUCACGUAUGAAACGAUAGAAGAGAGUAGCAUCAUCCAGAUUUUCUCGUGUUUAGGCGUAAAGUCAUAUUUUGUUCAAGAGGAAAAACUUCACAUUGACAUUCAGGCAGCACUGUUGAAUUGGGCUCUUCUGAAUCAUUUUCAAUGGGAAACCUACGAUCAAACAGUCAAGCUGAUGAAUCUAUUGAUACACUACUUGGCAUACAAAUUUGUCAGAAGAAGCCUAGUAUUGAUCAUUCUUUUGAGCAAAAACAAAGUGUUUGGGGCCCAAGUGAGUUUUUCAAGCUUGAAAUUGUGUCUAACUCUUCUGGACAAAGAUCCAGAUGACCUUAGCUUGCAAUUGUUGAUAAUGAUGAGUAGUGACUUUUCCGUUUCUAUCACACGAGACCAAAUGAAAACUAUAAUUUCUACAGACUCAAAGACCAUUAAACAUUGGGAAUCUGUUAUUAACGUUCGAAAGUUGUAUCAGAGUGGAUCCAAUAAGAAAGUUGCUCAGAGUUUGAAACAAAAUCUCACAUUUCUCCAGUCAAUUUGGAACUUAACCAAGGAAGAAGCCGUUCCUGCAGAUCAAUUGACACAUUCUAUAGGGAUUUUGAAAAGCCAAAGCGCACAUCAUGGUUACAGCGCAGAAACAGCUCCAGAUGUAAUUGAGCUUUUGUUUGCGUUGAAUGUGAGUUCUCCUGAUCUACAAGUAUCACCCAUCAUAUACUCAUUCUUCAAGGAACAUAAUGUUGAGGAAGAUUCUUCAGAGACUGAAGAGUUGAAGUUUCUUGUAUCAAAGUUAAUGAAAGUCCCUGAUGAUUUACUUCAAAAACUGAGUGUUUGGCUGGAAUAUGCCUUGAUCUCCAACAAUGGACAAUUGGAUCCACAAUCCAAAAUGAUACUGACAGAGUUGUUCCCCAAAUUAUUAAUAAUUCUGCGAUACGAUCAAAGAUUUUAUCUACCUGUUGUCAAAAAAGUUUUAUUUGGCCAGCUAGGGCUUUCUGUUGUUGGUGUAGUACCUGUCUGGAAGUGGUUUCCAUACAUGGAAGCAGUAUCAGCCAAGGAGUUCAAAGAUGAGUUUCUGGAAAAGCAUUCGCCUGAUUAUCAAUGGCUCCAGCCGUUAGCUUAUUCUUCUUGGAAUGAUGAAACCAUCUCCGCAAUGGUAAUAGAAAAAAUGCUAGACAUCAUAUUUCAGUACAACGAACACACCGCGGAGAGAUACUUCCGUCUCUUCAAACUCUCCCAAUUCAUUCUCCAAGCGCAAGGGUCCCGAAACAUUGUUAUUCCCCCGGUAUUGAUGUACGAGCUGCUAUUUUCAACCAAUAGCCUACUCGUGGACCAGUGUUGUCAUCUCGUUGUGCGGGCCAAAAACUACUACAAUACACAUGAAUUAGAUCCAUUUAAACAACUAAACAAUGCAUACGUAAUGGACAUUUGCAAUCUUCUUUGGAGACACAGAGGGUUCUCUAUUGACCAAACGGCGAGAGGGGCUUUCCUUCCGCCUGAAUUCAAACAGAAGCUAUCGACCAUACAAUUUUACCAGCAAGAGCUAGAACAGGAAUUCAACCUGUUCUUCCAUCCGAGUCUUCUAGGAAUAGUCACAAGGCUGGUAAAAGCCAGCAGUGACUCAAAAUACACAGGAAUAGUAAGGAAACAACAAUAUGAAGAGCAAGGACUUGAGGGCUUCGACGCUUUCAGAAUCGAGCUAUUGAACGGUUUAGAUUUGGCAGGCUUUGAAGGGAUUUCAAAUUUAUUAUUUACUUCGUUGAAGAGCUUAUUGGGCCAUCGAAUGAAGAGUUGA